AUGCUGCCGUCAACAUACAUUCGGGUUACUGUUGCCCGUGCCAUCGUGCUUUGCUUCGCCUUCGAAGCCGUUGUUGCUGAUCCUACUCUCCAAGGCUUGGCCGCGACAACUUCUUCGAAAAGCACGGCUACUAAAAGCACUGCUACGAAGAGCACUGCGAGUGCAACUCCAACUAUUUGCUCUACCAGCGAAAUAGAAAGAAUGGACCUCUCCAACUGCAGAUGCCAAGAAAAAGUAUCAGGCUGCCAAGCAGGUGUUGUGUGUGAGGCAGUAUGCGGCUUGCCCGUUACAAAGCCCAAAGACGUUCUUCACUGCGACAGAGGCUGCACAGACGACCAGAACAACUGUGAGGGCUGCGGUAUUUGGUUCCAUUCUCUCUGCAACUGUCUCAAGAACCCGGUCAAAUGUCCGCACACUGGAACCAUUAAGAAAGAUAGCCAGGAUGAUGUCUGGGCACUGAUCACCAACGGAACAAACGACGACCUAAUCACCAAUACGAAAAUUAUCCCAAGCAUUGAGGAGUUAACAGCUCAGGAGGGCAACGUUGGCUGGGACUUUGCCCAGAGUUUCCCGGCCGACGUCGGCUUUCACAACUACUCGGCCACAGCAUUGGCCUUGAACUCUUGGCGCGCAAGGACACACAUGCAGAUUCACAUCCAUCUCUGCGACAAGAAUAUGACUACCUACACGCAUCUGUCGACAGCCAAGGAACUUCCUGCUACGCCCGGUACAUCUGACUAUCGCCUAAAGCAACUCGACACUGACCCCGACCUCUACUGCAUCUCAGUGCCAAAGAAUGGGCCUAUCCAGAAAUUCGAUUGCACCAGACGAGUUGGCGCAGGCAUUAUGCACGACAAGCGUGGGAAUACUUGGGGAUGUGCAACCUAUAAUUCAGCAGGUGGUGUGGCCAAGUUUUGCAGCACAGGCUCUUGA